UUCAGGCAAGGUGUCGUUUGUUUUGUUGUCCUCUGAAGAAUUACAUGUAUGUCUGAAAGAACAUCCUCAACCAGAAGAUGAAGGGUUUAGGGUUUAGUGUAUGCACCUCAACCUUCAACACCACCACCAACAUCUUCUUCCCUUUCAAUGAUAAUUUCUCCCCAGGUUACCCUCUCACCCCUUCCUUCUAUAUUGCUCCCAAGUUCUCUCCUUCCUUCCAAAACCAAACACCAAAACUUGUACCUCAGAAUUUCAAACCCUGCACUCUCCUAUGUGGCUCUCUUCCCAGUCCACAAGCUAGUAGUGCUUCCACGGCUCAAGUGGAGGAGCAAGAAGAGACUGAAAUUGUAAAAGGUUGCACUAUGACUCAAUUUUGUGACAAAAUGAUAGAUUUGUUUUUGAAUGAGAAAACCAAAUCGAAGGAAUGGAGGAAGUACCUGAUAUUUAGAGAGGAGUGGAAGAAAUACAGGGAUAGCUUCUUCAGUAGGUGCCAAAGCAGGGCAGACAUGGAGAAUGACCCAAUUAUUAAGGAUAAGUUUAUUUCAUUGGAGAGGAGGGUGAAGAAGAUUGAUGAUGAAAUGGAAGGGCACUGUAACCUUCUCAAGGAGAUACAAGAUUUUCCAACUGACAUUAAUGCCAUAGUGGCACGAAGGCGCAAAGACUUCACAGGAGAAUUCUUCCGCUACCUCUCUCUUGUGGCUGACACAUAUGACAGCUUGGAGGACCGUGAUGGGAUUUCCAGGCUGGGGACUAGAUGCUUGUCAGCUGUUACUGCAUAUGAUAAUACUCUAGAGAAUGUGGAGACAUUAGAUACUGCACAGGCCAAAUUCGAUGAUAUUCUCAAUUCCCCUUCUAUCGAUGUAGCUUGUCAGAAGAUCAAAAGCCUUGCAAAGGCAAAGGAACUUGAUUCAUCAUUGAUAUUGUUGAUAAGCAGUGCUUGGGCUAAUGCAAAAGAAUCUACAACCAUGAAGAAUGAGGUAAAAGAUAUAAUGUACCGAUUGUACAAGGCCACAAAGAGCAGCCUUAGGAGUAUUACUCCAAAAGAAAUAAAGCUACUCAAGCAUCUGUUAAACAUCAUAGAUCCUGAGGAGAGAUUCUCUGCACUGGCAACGGCUUUUUCACCUGGUGAUGGACAUGAAGCCAAGAAUCCUGAUGCUUUAUACACCACCCCUAAGGAGUUGCACAAGUGGAUUCAGAUCAUGCUUGAUGCAUAUAAUCUGAACAAGGAAGAAACAGAUUUGAGGGAAGCCAAGCAACUGACUGAUCCUAUAGUUAUUCAGAGGUUGUUUAUCCUCAGGGAUACUAUUGAACAGGAAUAUAUGGAAAAAAGUGGAUUGCAGAAGUCUGAGACAGAUGAUGACUCUAAAUCAGAAGAGUUUAAAUUUUAAGGUGCUUGUCAUAAGCAUUCAUUCUUGCACAUUUGUUCCCCGUUCCUUGCCUUUUUUUCGAUGUAGAGAAGCGUGGAGCAGGGUCGAAAGUGGAGAAAGAUUAACAAUGUGUGGAAAAUGAAUGAAGUGGCUACCCUUUCGAAGUUUUGUAAAUUGUAGUGUAUGUGUUUUCCUUAUAUGUAGGAUGAGGUGUGUUAUUUCCCAGGAUUCCAUUCAAAAUUGUGGAUUGUACUUAUAGGUGUAAAUCAUAAAGAAUCCACCAGAACAAGGUGGAUGAAGACACAAACCAUUGAAAAAGUUGAGUCUUACUCAUAUUUAUCAGAUUGGGACCCCAGAUUGGGUUUAUUUGA